CUCAGAUUAAUACCAAACCGUCCUCUUGAUUUUAUACUAUUUAUAAAAUUAUCAACUCACGAAAAUACAUACUGUAAAAUUUCUACAAAAUAAAAAUUUUGAUAAAAUACUAUUUUUGGCCCAUUGUCAGUUUUCAAAACAUUUAUAACUAAGCUGCUCAAACUGAUAACAUGGGGGACUAAUCUGGAUAUUUUCUCACAGACUGAAACGGAAUUACUGUCACAGUACUUAUUAUUUUUGAAUUUACGACAUUAGUACCUGAAUUAUCAGAUUUGCGCCCCAACCUCCCUCGUCUAACUUCGAAAUUCGAUUCUGUCGAGACCAGGAUGCUCCCGAGAUCGUCCUGUACGCAAUGGUAACCACCACUCAAAGAAAGGUCGAAGUCACCUACACCGAGUCGUUGUCGGAACUACGAUCAUUACGUGUAUUCUUCGGGUUAAUCGGGGUUCAACGGUUGAUCUUAGGGACAGGAGGGGUCGAGAACCUUACCUCUACAAUGCCACGAGAAAACUUUGUCGUCGAUGGUGGUGUUUUGCUUGUUGGACAGGACGAGUGGAGGUGCUCACUUGACGUCGCCGCUAUGCUGUUGACGUUUAAAUGGAAGGGCUAGGGUUUUCUUUCCUUCCUCAAAUGAGGCAUUGUUGUUGACAUUUAAAGGAGGUUGAACUGACAAGGCAAUUAACAUGGGCAAUUUAUUUGGCUAAUUAACUUGGGGAAGUGGAGAGACGUCGUCCAUUUGCUGGGUAUUUAAUUGAGAAUUUGAGACACAACUUGGUGUAGAGAGAGAAUCUGAGUGGAAUGGAAUUGUGAUGAUUUAUGAUUAAAUAAUAAUAAUAAUAAAAAUAAUAAUAGUAUCAAAUAAAAAUGUUAUUAUUAUUAUUAUUAUUUCUAAUCUAUGGUCAAACCCUUCGUACGUAACCGUCGAUCUACCCGUUCGGUCGAUCCUAAACCCAAAUAUCGGGGUGUUACAUUCUUUCAAACCAAAACCAACCAUUUUAAAGUAAUCCUGUUGUAACCGGACACCAGAUUCCCACAAACCCAAUCCAAUUUGGGGUUGUAGGAUCCGCACAAAAAACCAUACGAGUUCGAUUCAGUUAAAAUCGGGAAAAACCGAAAAACAUGUUAAUACAAAUAUAGUCCAGUCCAACACAUCCCAUCCCCCAACCAAGCCUAGUUGACCUCUCAGCUUGAACCCCAAACCCUAAUCGGCAAUUACCUUCUCUAUGUUCUCUCCCUCUCUAACCCUCAAACUAUUAUAUCUUCUCUGUUCACACUUUACACACACACACACGCGAAGUGAAGAAGAAGAAGAAGAAGAAGAAGAAGAGAAUCCAAGCUCCUUCGUCGGUCAAUCGCCUCCCACCAUCGCCUCCCAUGACUAAUGACGGCGACCAAGAACUAGUCAUCGCCACUCCACCACCAGUACUCUCCCAUCUUUCAUCUCAUCCGAUAUGACCUCCAUCAUCCAUCGCUACUUUCGCCAGCGACUCACCUCUCUCCCCGACGCAAACCAGUGCUCACUUAAUCUCAAUUCUCUUCUCUUUCUUGACCUCCUCUGUUCACGACAUACAUGGUGGUAUGCAAGAGGAAGGGAGAACAAAAGAGAGUUUAUGGGUGCCAGACUCUCCAAUCGGCUCUCCAAUCUUCGUUUAUUGAAGCAAAGGAAAGGGAAAGGAGAAGAAAGCAGAGGGUAGAAGUGGAUUUCGUUGCUGGUGGGAGAAAGCAAUUGCUGUUCGAUAGAGAUGGAGUUUGAUAGAGAUGGAAGAAGAAGAUAGGGAUUUAGGUAUUGUGUGGGUGGGAAGCAAGGUUGUCAACCCGGUUUAUGCAGUGCGGCGAUUUUGCAAGCGGAAUGGUCCGACCGUGGUACAACCAGUAUUCAUGUCGGUUUUAAUAAAAUACAUGAGAAAAA